GAACUACAAUAUAUCCAAAAUUUAGCCAAUUCGACACAGAGCUAAUUUCUAUAAGGUGGACGGUGAUACAGAUGUACCUAGUGUGCAACAGGACUUUGCUGCUGCGUUAUAUCAACUAAUGCGUCGAGCACGUCGCAAAGAGGAACAAAGUCCGGAUUCGCCUAUCAGACACCCAAACGGGAUACAUACCUCAAAUGAAUACCAAAAUGAACGUGCCAUACCUAAUGGCGAUGCCAAACUAGCAGUCAACGGUAUAUCUAAUUAUAUUGGGAAGAUAGCCAAUGCAACGAAAAACGGAAUUAUUGCUCAAGGAGUCGGUACCAUCUCUAAUGGUGUAUUGAACAAUAUGAAGCUUAUUCAACAGAAUGGUCAUAUUCAUCAGAAUGGCAUCGCAAAAGGAACACAUAUGCUACAAAAUGGUGUAACGCAUUUAGCCAACGGCAAUGUACCCGGCAACAAUAAAAUCGCACCAGCGAUGCACAACUAUUUGCCAAAAGAUCCUGUCAGGAAAAUGUACAAUGAAAUCGAAGGUUAUCAGCAAAAUCUUCAUAUGUAAAUGCAAAGUCUUUUUUAAUAUUGUUGAAUAAUUUUAACUGUUAACAUGCACGAAAAGGCUCCGGACUACGUAUUGAAAUUUUCAAUUGUAUCGACAAUUUUGAUAUUUUACUAAUAUCUUUCGAUCAAUCGUGCCUUAAAAAA